CAGCAGUUUAUUCUUUUGCAAAAGGGACAUUCCCCAGCUUUUGGGGCCUAAGCAACAUUAAAGUAUUGAGUCCAAAGAUUCAAUUCGCAGGAUCUUCAAUCAAAGAAACCCUCCCUCCCACCUGCAGUCAGAUGUGUCAUCUUUGACAUCUUGAAAAGAUGAGGGAAUUACUGGGUUGUAGAUUACAGGAUUUGAUGGAUUGUGAGUUAUUCCACCCCUCAAGACCUUUGAAAAGUGAAAGGCCAAGGUUUUUGUUUUUAGAGCAGGGGGUGCUCUAAAAGGAAGGGAAAGUAUUAACAUCUAGCUAGGUACUUAGCACUUAUGAGAAAGUCACAGAUUUUAUCCCAUUCAACUCCUAACCCCCAGAAAACCUGGGUUUGUAAAAGGCAGAACUUUGGAGAGCUUUAGGUCCGGCAGAGGACACUUUUAAGACUCAGAUGGGCUAAAUAACUUGGCUCUGUCUCCAAGGCAUUUUAGAGGUGAAGUCAAGAUAAAAACCAGUUUUGUCCUUCCUUAUCUCUUGCUCCUUCCUCUUCCACAUCACCUCCAAUGAAUAGAGACUUCUUGACUUCCAUGAAGCUUGAAUGGAGUCUGCUGAAAUUCAUCUCCUCAUUGACGUACCAGUGGGAGUCCUGCAACUGAUGUGUCUUUACAUGACUAUUAUGGGGACUCUAGGGUGGCUGAUCAACUCUGGGUGUGAAGCAGGCUCCCCCAGCCCCCUCCAGCUAAGCAAGGAUUAUUUGCCCUAGGGGGGCUGGUGGUCCAACAUAUUUUUUUAAUUGAUUAAGAAAAUUUUUCCAUGGUUACAUGAUUCAUGUUCUUUCCCUCCCUUCCUCCUACCCUCCUCCCAUAGCCAACAAGCAAUUCCACUGAGUUUUACACGUGUCAUUGAUCAAGACCUAUUUCCAUAAUAUUGAUAUUUGCACUAGGGUGAUCCUAUAGAGUCUAUGUCCCCAAUCACAUCCCCAUCGACCCAUGUGAUCAGGCAGGUGUUUUUCUUUGGUGUUUCUACUCCCACAGUUCUUCCUCUGGAUGUGGGUAGUGUUCUUUCUCAUAGAUCCAUCCAGGUUGCUCGUGAUCACUGCAUUGCCACUAAUGGAGAAGUCCAUCACCUUCGAGUGCACCACAGGGCAUUAGUCUCUGUGUACAUUGUUCUCUUGGUUCUUCUCCUCUCACUCUGCAUCACUUCCUGGAGGUUGUUCCAGUCUCCGUGGAAUUCCUCGACUUUAUUAUUCCUUUGAGCACAAUAGUAUUCCAUCACCAACAUACGCCACAAUUUGUUCAGCCAUUCCCCAAUUGAAGGGCAUCCCCUCAUUUUCCAUUUGUUUGCCAUGGUAGUCUAACAUAUUCACUAAGGUACAGCACAGAAUCUGGUCUUUUGGCCACUAUAUUGGAACUCCAUUUUGUUUUCUAUGUCAUUUUGAAAUUUGUUAGUUUUUCCUUUAUUUGUUUUCCAGAUUCUUCUUCUGUUCCUUUCAGCAACUAAACUAUAACAUCUCACACGGCUUACAUAGUACCUUACAUUGAAAUUUUUUAAAUUUUGGUGUUGUUUUAACAUAAAAAUCUUUUUAAUUAUUAAAAAAAAAAUUCCUGAGAAGUCAGUGAGGUCCCUCCAGAUAAUUUGUCUGUUAUUUUUUUUUUUAACCCUUACCUUCCUGGAAUCAAUACUGUGUAUUGGUUCCAAGGCAGAAUGGCAGUAAGGGCAAGGCAAUGGGGGUUAAAUGACUUGCCCAGGGUCACACAGCUAGGAAGUGUCUGACUGCCACAUUUAAACCCAGGACCUCCUGUCUCUGGGUCUGGAUCAGGCUUUCAAUUCACUGAGCCACCUAGCUGCCCCCUGCUGUCAUUCUUGAAAGUUAUCUGUCAUGCCUGGGGAAGCUGAGAGGAGAAAAAUAAAGAACUUAACCCCCAAGAGAACUAUUUAACUUUUAAUAUUCUGAAUAAGAAGAUUGUUGAGACCUGGGCUACAAUCUGGAGAGGAGAAUAGUGGGACUUGGUUUCAGAAGUGAAGUACUGGUUAGAGGUAAUUCUGGCUUUGAUUUUUCUAGCAGCUAAACUAUAAAUGUCAAACUAUUAUAUAUAGAUGGGGGGGGGGGAGGGAGAGAUGCUGCUUAUGGGAAAUGUUUUUUCCAGUUUGAGAAAUAUGAUUAAUUUAAUAGACUAGCACGGAGGCUGACUCAGAGGUAACUGAUUAGCAGAAGGGUAACCGGUGUAUGAAGAAUCAUUUGCUGUCCAGAGGCGGGGCCAUAAGGCACGACCAUCGGAAGCCUGGGCUAGAGCGCCACUCUGCAGAGUUCAGCUGCGGAGCCCAGUCCUCUCUGGCCAAGGUUUCAGGGCAAUAUUGAGAGGGUCUGCAAUGGGGUGACCGGGUCUGUGCUGACUCCUCUGGGAGGCUUUUCCUCCUAAAGCAAGUGGGAAACAACGUGGCGGAUCCGGGAGGCCUCGCAAGAGCCUCGGAGUCGCAGAGUCAAGAGCUGCCGGGGGAUGGUGGGGGGGUCAAAGGAAGAGCCCGAGCUGGCGACCUUGGGGUUCUGGGGGGCCAGUGCUCCAUUACCCGGACCCCAACACGGCCCCAGUCUCCAGCGUCCCUGCGCUCAAGGCGUAGCCCCACCCAGGAGUCAUUGCAUCGGGCACCCCGUGAGGUUAAAGCAGGCGCCGCCUCCGCCUGGCAGUCAGGGCCCGGCCCGGCUACAAGGGCCGCGACGACCUUAGUACACUCCCUGCCCCGCCCGGCAGGCCGGAUUGCCCCCUCCAUUGGAGAAGAGCCUUGCUGCCGGAGCACGUGCCAGGGUCAGGGUCCGAACUCGGAAAGGAAAGGCUGGGGACUCUCCAAGCAUUGGCAGCAGAGAGUGAGGCGGCCUCGCGCAGGGGGUGGGGUGAGGUAGGGGGUAGAGGGGUUGGGCGACCAAAGGGCAGCCGGGAGCCAGAGCCGGGCGACCCGAAGGGGGUCGACUGCUCACGGAGGAGGCACGCCCUAUGCGAGGAGGCGGGGCACGGCUGCGCAAGCGUGGCCUGGCCGGGAGGAGGGUCUUGGCCUGGCCUGGCCGCCUCGAGGGGAGGAGCCAACGUGCGCGGUGCCGCCCCGCGCCGCACCUCCCUUCCGGGGCCUCCAGAGCGGAGGAGCCUGUGUGGUCACAGUGGUCUGUCUCUAGGCGGGAGCGGAGCGUGCGCCGUGCCCCGAGUCUCCUCCCUCUCCCCCCACCCCCGCAGGCCGGGGGCGGGUCUCCUUAGCCUCGGAGAGAGGAGGGUCGGCGGCGGGUACUCGCGGUGUUCGUUCUCUUCUCACCCCACUAGGGCUCGCGGGGGGCUGACGGGGGUGGGCGUUUGUAGGUAAAUAGGCGCGGGCGGUGGCUGCAGGUCAGGAGGACCGGAAGAAGCGGGCCGGAGGCCACGUCAUUCUCCCGAGGGGGGCGGGGGAAAUUCUCACCUUCCGCCCUCUGAUACCACCCCUCGCGCUUACCGGCUCCCUGCUGUGCGCGUGCGCAGCCCCGCCCAGUCCCGCCCGGUUUCUCUCUAGCGGCCUCCGUCCCUUGGCUCCACACGCUCGGCGUGAGGGGGACUCGUGCUCCUACCGUGCGUGUGCGAGAGGAAUACGGCGACGUGAGGGAGAAAGAGAGGGAAGCGGAGAGAGAGAAGGCGAGAAAGAGCGAGAGAGGCAAAGUCGGGGAGGGGGCGAGUGUGUGCGGUGGUGACGCGUGCGCGCGCGCGCGCGCGACCGGGAGAGGCGGCCGCGGGCGGUUAGCGCUCAGCCCGGCGCGUGGGCCAGGGGGCGCUCUCCCCCCCGCGGCGCACACGUACACGCCCGGCUCACACGCACGCGCGCACACUCACGCGCAGGGCGCUCCGCGGGAGAGGGACUGAGUGGGCGGCGGCGGGCCGUGCCGGGCUGUAUCCGGUUCUCUGGCCGAGGCCGGGGCCGUUUGUGACCCGGGCGGGCCGAGGAAGGCGGGCGGCGGGCGGGCGGGCCUGGGCCUGGGCCCCGGCGGGGCGGGGCGGGACCAUGUCUGCUGAGGGCUCCGUCCCCCCGCCCGAGGAGCCGGCCUCGGUCGCCGAGCUGGGCCUGCCCCCGCCGCGGGAGCGGGAGCUGGAGGGAGCCGGGGCCGCCGCCCGCGGGGAGCCCCCGCCGGUGCCCCCCGCCGCUCCCGCGCCCCUGGGCCACAGCGUGCCCCUGGCGGCCGUGGCCGUGAAGCCGCUCGGACUGCCCUUGGCUCACAGGCCUCCGGAGCCGGGGAGCCCCCCAGGGCCCGAGGACUACGAAGACGACGGUGACGGCGACGACGAGGACGACGGGGCCGCCGCGAGGGAGCGACCCCGGGCGCCGCCGCCCAAGGAGAACCCCUGGACCAAGAAGCCGCCGCCACCGCCUCCCCCUUCCGCGCUGCUGCCGCCGGCCGUGGUGACCGCCGCCCCGAGCCCGGCCCCAGGCCAGACUCCGGCAGCCGCAGCCUCCUCCGUGCUGGGCCCGCCGCAGCUUCUGCCCCUGACCGAGGCCGCGGAGCCAGAGCUAAGUUCCACAAAAAUUAUAAAAGCAGGAAAACCCAAGACAAAGAAAACUAACAAGGCUAGUGAUUUCAGUGACAUCACAAAUUGGCCGACACCAAGUGAAUUAGUAAACAAUGAAUGCCAGAAUGUCACCAAUCAACCAAAUAAGAAACCACAAAACAGAAAAGACAAGGAAGAGAAGAUUGAAAAGAGAAUCAACAGUGAAAGUAAAGAAAACCGGGAAGCGAAGCUUGAUGGCCCUGGAGAGAAUGUCAGUGAGGAUGAGGCUCAGUCAAAUAAUCAAAGAAAGAGAGGAAACCUGCCAUAUUCUGUAUCCUGUGUGAGGACUUCUUUGUCAAUUCCAGCUAAUAAGCACAAGUGGGUACCACUUCAUUUAGAUGAUGUAAGACCUGAUAGCCAAGAAAGACCAGGAUCCCGGAACAGCUCAAGAUCUCAACCAGAAGCCAAUAAGUCAGCACAUAACAACCGCCGAAAUGACUCACGAAGUUGGAGACGUGAUAGAGAGAAGAGAGAUGAUCAGGAUGAAGUUUCCAGUGUGAGAAGUGAAGGUGGUAAUAUACGAGGUUGUUUUAGAGGCCGAGGAAGAGGCCGUGGCCGAGGAAGAGGACGAGGGCGAGGAAACCCUCGAAUGAACUUUGAAUAUUCGUAUGGUUAUCGAGAACAACAUGGAGAAAGAACUGAUCAACCAUUUCAACCAGAACUUAACACUAGCAUGAUGUAUUACUAUGAUGAUGGCACAGGAGUUCAGAUGUAUUCUGUGGACGAAACAUUGCUCAAAGAAUACAUUAAGCGACAAAUUGAAUAUUACUUCAGUAUAGAAAAUUUGGAACGGGACUUCUUUCUUAGGAGGAAGAUGGAUGAACAAGGUUUCUUACCCAUUUCUCUGAUUGCCAGUUUCCACCGUGUUCAGGCCCUGACUACAAAUGUCAAUCUCAUUUUAGAGGCUUUGAAAGACAGUACCGAAGUGGAAAUAGUGGACCAGAAGAUGAGGAAAAAGGUGGAACCCGAAAAAUGGCCAAUUCCUGGCCCUCCUCCACGUAAUGUGCCACAAACUGACUUCUCUCAGCUCAUCGACUGCCCAGAGUUCAUACCAGGCAAAGCCUUUGGCUCACAUACUGAGUCUGCCCCAAGUUCUCCAAGAAUGGGAAGUCCAUUGAGUCCAAAGAAAAAUAUUGAAACAAGUAACCUUCAAACAAUGUCUAGAGGGUUGUCUACCAGCUUGCCUGAUCUGGACUCGGAGCCUUGGAUAGAAGUAAAAAAGAGGCAUCGUCCGUCCCCAGUUAAAUUAAAGGAGUCGAUGGGCACAGCUGAAGAAGCGGCAAAUCAGCCCCAGCAGCCUUCAGAGGAACAAGAACAAGAGGAACUGGAUUUUUUGUUUGAUGAAGAAAUGGAACAGAUAGAAGGACGAAAGAACACAUUUACUGAUUGGUCUGACAAUGAUUCCGAUUAUGAAAUCGAUGACCAGGAUUUAAAUAAGAUCUUGAUUGUGACUCAGACCCCACCUUAUAUGCGGAAACAUCCUGGGGGAGAUCGUACAGGCAACCAUGUGUCUCGUGCCAAAAUUACAUCGGAACUUGCUAAAGUCAUCAAUGAUGGCUUGUAUUAUUAUGAACAAGAUUUGUGGAUGGAGGAAGACGAGAACGAACAUGCAACAAUGAAGCAAGAAGUUGAAAACUUUAAGAAGCUAAAUCUAAUUAGUAAAGAGCAAUUUGAGAAUCUAGCACCUGAACCUCCCUUUGAGCCAAAUCUAGACGUUCCUGUAGGACCUUCGCAGUCUCAGCAAGACUUGACUGAUGAACUGGCUCAUAAAUUAUUUGGUAUUUCAGAAGUAUCUUCAACAACAAUGGCUCGUUCCUUGCCAACUGCAGUUCCAGAAUCUCCAAGAGUCCAUCCUGCAAGAACACCCAAAACACCCCGCACACCCAGGUUGCAAGAUCCAAACAAAACGCCAAGAUUCUAUCCCGUUGUGAAGGAACCGAAAGCCAUCGAUGUGAAGAUUCCAAGAAAGAGAAAAACACGGCAUAGUACAAACCCCCCUCUAGAGUGUCAUGUUGGUUGGGUAAUGGACUCCAGAGAUCACAGGCCAAGAACAUCCUCUGUCAGUAGUUCCAAUGCUUCCCCUUCAGAAGGUGCACCACUGGUAGGAAGCUAUGGAUGUACCCCUCAUUCUCUCCCAAAGUUCCAGCAUCCCUCUCAUGAACUUUUGAAGGAAAACGGCUUUACACAACAAGUAUAUCAUAAAUAUCGCCGAAGGUGCCUAAAUGAGAGAAAACGCUUGGGAAUUGGCCAGUCCCAAGAAAUGAAUACCCUCUUUCGUUUCUGGUCCUUUUUUCUCAGAGACCACUUCAAUAAGAAAAUGUACGAGGAAUUUAGACAACUUGCUUGGGAUGAUGCAAAAGAAAACUACAGAUAUGGACUAGAAUGUCUGUUCAGGUUUUAUAGUUACGGACUGGAAAAAAAAUUCAGACAAGAGAUCUUCAAGGAUUUCCAAGAAGAAACCAAAAAAGAUUAUGAAUCAGGUCAGCUGUAUGGAUUAGAAAAGUUUUGGGCUUAUCUAAAAUAUUCCCAAUCCAAGACUCAGUCUAUCGACCCAAAACUUCAGGAAUACCUCUGUAGUUUUAAGAGGUUAGAAGACUUCCGAGUUGAUCCUCCUAUUAGUGAGGAAUUUGGGAGGAAAAGACAUUCUUCAGCUUCUACUGGUGAGGAAAGUAGUCGCCGCAGACCUCCAUCGAAUUCUUCUUCAAAGCCACUCAAUGCUGCCAAACCUCCUGCUACCCAUCAGCCUCAGGUCCCAAUAAACUCUCCCCGAAGGAAUGCUUCACAGGAGUCCAUUGACAAUUUCCCCCAGAACGGCACUGCCUCCGAAUCAACAGACGGCGGCGAGAUGCCCGAGAAAUAGACUUUUGUCAAAGCUGUUUGCCCUUGAAAUCAGCAUUUACAUCAGUAUUUUAUUUCAAGGAUCUUUGGGGAAAAUGUUUUCAUGCUUGAUUGUGGGGGUCGGAACAAAGCAAGGGAAGACAAAGGGUAGCAUCUCCUCUAACACAAGAGAAAUUCCAAACGUUUUCCCCUAAUUUCUAGUGGACUAGGUUAGGUUUGGGGACCUUCAAUAGAGAUCCUCUAGUAAUGUCUUUUGGUUUCAGUAUUUCUGUCUUAGAGCUAUUGUUUACAAAAACUGCAUUCCCUUAUUACGUGCAACAACAAAAAUUGGAAUGCCUUACAUUUCAGCUCAUGCUUCUUAAAGAAGAGAGAGUUUGUUUUAUUCACCUCAGCCAUAGAGCUUUCUUCACCCAUUUUCCCCAUUAUCAACUAAUAUUUGUACUUAUCAGAGACAAAGGAAGAUUACGUAUGUAUAUUUUAAAUUCAGAAAGAGGAUCUGAAGCAAUAUGUUCACUCCUAGAUCUAUAAAUAUUAAAGGAAACCUUUUUUACACAAGUGGCAGUACAUGGGAGGAACGGCAGUUACAUGGAAGUGGAUGCACUUGGGGUGCUGGGCUUUCGCUUUUUGGUGUGUGUGUUUUUUGGGGGUGGGGGUGGGAAACUCAUAUUCAAGAUCUCCAUAGUUAGUGUUGUGUUGGGUAUGGAGUUGACAUCUAUCUGCUGGUUAAGUUUUAGGAGAGAUUUGCUUUUUAAAUUGAUUCUUAUAUAUGAACUUGAGCAAGUAAUUGAAAACUGGGUUAGGGCUGAUUUGAGUAUUGUCCUAAAUUCGUUAAAUCUUGCACUACUUUAAAUACAUCUGCUGUUCAGACAUCUGCAGGUGGCUAAUAUGACAGUCAGAUUAUCCUCAAUUUAAGAGGUAUUUCGUUUUUCCAUUUUGUUUCUUUUAAUCCUUAUUUUGUGCUCAUAAAGUGUUUACAAGAGAGUUAUAGCAGAUUGAUUUCUAAUUUUUUUUUUGCCAUUUCAACUGAUGUAAAUGAUAGUUUCAGUUUAUUUUGUGGGAAAUUAAAGAAAUAAAGCACUCUAAUUCUGAAUUGA